AUGCAGCCUCGGUGUGGUAUAUUUCUAUGCACCACAAUACCUAUACAAGAAGCCAUCACCAACGCUACAGAUAGAAUCCAGAACCCAAUACUCCACCUCUCCAAACAAGAGGUCUCAGACCUCCUCCAAGUCACGCUAAACAACAUGUACUUCUCCUUGAGAGAUCAAGUUUUUCGCCAAAGAGAAGGCCUACCCAUGGGUUCUAGCAUUUCAGGCAUACUAGCCAUCCUAUUCAUGGACAAACUAGAAACCAUCGCCUUCUCCUCGCACCUAAUAAUAAGCCCUUACAAGAGGCAUGUUGACGACAUCUAUCUCCAAACAACUAAUGAAGAAACAGAAGACCACUUCCACCAUAUUAUAAACAAUGUGCACCCUAAUUUGAAAUUUGAAAUUGAAAAACCAGAGACAACAUAG